AUGUCUUUGCCUCAUAUACCAAGAUGGAUAGAUAUCACAGUAUUGGGCGCUCGUCGCUAUUCAGCCUCUCCCUUUCUCUCUGUCUCCGAGUCAUUCCUCAAUCGUCCGCCACCUGACUGCAUGUCCAUCGACAAGGCAAAUCUGACCAUGAACCAGGUCGAAGACGAGAGACGAGAGCUAGAAACCUUCCAACUCGGUGUUUGGAAGGUGUCUAUCCUCAAAAGCACCUCGUUCAAUUUCAGAAAACAAUUCUCGGAUGUGAAAGUUGCCCUCAAGUACUUUUGGCGUUUGACCAUCGAGGUCUACACCCUGGCACCCGUGCUAGCGACAUUAUAUGUGCUGAACGAACUAUGGUCGGGGGUUCAAGGUACUCUUCUGUUAUACUUGUCUAGUCAAAUACUCCGAAUUAUCGAAAUAGGAAUGGUCGAUCGUACUCUAGACAUCGCUGCUGUUCUCAAGGUCCUCGUCGUGCGGAUAUUAUGCGUCAUAUUCUCAGCAGUACUGCAAUGGGCAAGGGAGCUAGUCCUUCCAACACUGAAGACUCGGAUAACGACUCAUUUCGAACUGUUUUUGAUGCAAGCACGAUUAAGGAUAGAUCUUCCGACUUCGCAAGAGCCACGCAGCAAACUCCAGGCAUCUUCUUACGAUGCUUGGACAUCCUUUGAGGGUAUCCUCGAACUUGCGACGAACGUAUCGAAGGCCCUGAGCCAGCUUAUACUCGUCGUGCAAGCUUCUCGAUCUACUGGAUCGCCUCUCUUUGCCACCCUCUGUAUCAUAAAGCCAGUUUUUCUCACUAUUACGGGACGAACGCUCUGGGAUACACCUCACAUCGUUCACACGGAUAAUGAGCAUCGACAGCGUAUGAAGACUUUGAACAGUAUGUCGUCCCCAGAAUAUAGGUCCGAAGUCCUUGGAGGUGAUAUCGCGAAUUAUAUCAUAAAUGAGUACAAAAAGGCAACUCAGCUGCUCGGAGGUCUCUCAGAUGAAUGGGCUCCAUACCAAUACAUGGUUAGGACGUCGCCUGUUUGGCAAAUCAUUAAUGAUAUACUUGGAGACCUUCCUACCAUAUACUGCGUGGUGGUGUACAUUCUCCACUCCGAGGGACUCUCUCUCUCUUCCUUUGCCAUACUACAAGAGUCCUCACAGACCCUAGAUUGGGCCAUCCAGUACGUCGUUAUGAAUGGUAGAUCCUUCUGGAAACAGUACCAGGAGCUCAAGAAUGUCUAUGAAUCGGCUAACAUCGCGAACACCCUGUCUGACGGCGACAUCGCCUACCCCAGUACUGCCUCCGAGGAGAAACCCAAAGGGAUGUCAUUUGAACUGCGCGAUGUUUCGUUCUCAUACCCAGGAAGCCAAUGCACCAAACCCACCCUAUCCAACAUCAACCUAACUAUCAAGCCCGGCCAGCUCGUCGUUAUCGUCGGCUCGAACGGCAGCGGGAAAUCAACUAUCCUAAAACUCCUCUCACGAUUCUAUGAUCCUACAUCUUCAUCUGACUCCAUUCUAGUCGAUGGUAUCCCGGUUUCGCAUUACCGUAUGGCAGAUCUGCGGCGAGCGACGGCGACCUUGACGCAGGAGCAUUCUCUCUUCCCACUCUCACUAGGAGAGAAUAUAGGUUUGGGGUAUGCAGGAAGGGUGGAUGAUGCAGACAUGAUUGAUCGCUCCGCGGAGAUGGGAGGUGCGAGUCACUGCCUGGAAAAACUUGAGCUGGGAAAGAAGACAAGACUACGUACGGAAAAUGAGGCGCGUGGAUGCAACCUACCGGAUGACCCAGAUCAUCCUCUACAAGUCGAGCUAGCGAAGCUGCGGAAGAACAUCCAGCUCUCUGGCGGGGAGGUACAGAGGAUUGUUGCGGCAAGGACUUUCAUGCGUUUUGAGAGUGGAGAGGUCAGAUUUGUCGCCGUUGACGAGCCAAGUUCUGCGUUAGAUUCUGAAGGAGAAUUUGCGCUAUUCGAUAAUCUGAUUCAAGCGCGAGAAGGAAAGACCAUGAUAUUUGUCACGCAUCGGUUCGGAAAUCUGACGAAGCGCGCUGACCUCGUUGUUUGUAUGAAGGACGGAACAAUCGUUGAGACUGGUACUCAUGAACAGCUCAUGGUAAUGGAGGGAGAGUACGCUAAAUUAUACAACAUUCAAGCAAAAGCAUUUGUAGAUACUGAGAGUUCUUUAAUGAGUCUAUAGUACUUUUUACGCUUCAAUAUAGUGCCUGUAUGUGGGGUGGCGUCGUUUUGGAGUAAAUGUACAUCCUUUCCCAGUCGGUGAAUACCACCGGAGACCACCCAUCUUAUCAUUUCUGCUACCUCUGUCUGCUAUAGAUAGCAUAAACAAAAGACUCUCAUGCCGACUUGAUCAGUCAGUUACGUUUUGAGGUCUCUUUGGUGUGGGUGCGAGAAGUUGAGAUAUCGCUUAUGCGAUGCCGUCUUCGUGUUGUCCUUCUAAUAUCGGAGAGGGAAUGUCACCGAGCAACGCGUAGGAAGAACCAUACAUAGAAGACUCGUCUGUGUCCGGUCAGAAGACCAACAGAACCUCGGCGGACUGUCUCCAGGUUGCCGCCAAUCAGAGGUUCAUUGAAUUACCUCCCAUGUUGU